CUUUCCUGUCCCACCUCCUCCUCCUCCUCACCCAUUCCCCCCUCCCCUUUUCUCCGCCGCCACGGCGCAGACCCCGCCCACAACACGAGUCACGUGCGCGGCACGCACCCUCCUUUGGGGCGGGCUCGGGCCGCGGAGUCCCGGGGGAGAAGGCUCGGGGCUGACUGGGCACUCGGCACGGGCCGGGACCUCGUCUCUGUGCUCCACGGCUUUGCCAUUCCACGGUAUGCAAGAUCACCCUGUGUGCCUUGUCGAGAUCUGUGACACUUCUGAUGAUUUUUGUCUCGAGACUGGGGUGAUUCUUGACCAUCUGGGCAGGCUGGAAUUGCGGCAGGCACGUCUGCCUCGGGUGGCUGUUUGCUGCUACAGAAGGAUCAGGAAGAAGGCUGGAGUGCUCACAUGGGGCUAGUGACCAGAAUGGAAUACAUCUGAGAGAUGAUGAAGUGUAGCAGCUGGACCAACAUGAAACUCUGUCUUGCAGAUGAAGAAGCUGGAGUACCGAGAGUGGAAGAACCUGCUGGAGAUCAUAAAAGCGAAUUUAGUUCAAUCAGGACUGCAAGCCGGUUCGUCUGACUACAAAGACUUUAGCCCUUUUCCAGGACACUCCCACUACUUCUUUGCCAGAAAAACAGCACACCUCAAACCCAAGGCUUGCUCUGUUGCCUAGGCUGAAGUGCAGUGGCAUGAUCACAGGUCACUGCAGCCUUGACCUCCCGGCUUGAGCCAUUCUCCCACCUUGGCCUCCCAAGCAGCUAAGACCACAGGAGCUUGGCGAUUCUUGAAAAAAUCAAGGCACUUGUGGAAAAAAAAAUUCAUUGCCUCAUCGAAGCCCUAAAUUAUCCUCUGGGAUAGAAUCAGUGCUUUUUCUCAUUUUCCAAGUGAGGAAACAGAGGCACAGAGAGGAGAGGCAGCAGCAUGGCGAGCGUCCUGUCUCGGCGCCUUGGAAAGCGAUCCCUCCUGGGAGCCCGGGUAUUGGGACCCAGUGCCUCGGAGGGGCCCUCGGCCGCCCCACCCUCAGAGCCGCUGCUAGAGGGGGCCGCUCCCCAGCCUUUCCUCGUGUCUGAUGACACCCCCUGCCAGGAGCAGCCCAAGGAAGUCCUCAAGGCUCCCAGCGCCUCAGGCCUUCAGCAGGUGGCCUUUCGGCCUGGGCAGAAGGUUUAUGUGUGGUACGGGGGUCAAGAGUGCCCAGGACUGGUGGAGCAGCACAGCUGGACGGAGGGUCAGGUGACCGUCUGGCUGCUGGAGCAGAAGCUGCAGGUCUGCUGCAGGGCGGAGGAGGUGUGGCUUGCGGAGCUGCCAGGCCCUUGUCCCCAGGCACCACCCCUGGAGCCCGGACCCCAGGCCCUGGCAUACAGGCCCGUCUCCAGGAACAUCGAUGUCCCAAAGAGGAAGUCGGAUGCAGUGGAAAUGGAUGAGAUGAUGGCGGCCAUGGUGCUGACGUCCCUGUCCUGCAGCCCUGUUGUUCAGAGUCCUCCCAGGGCUGAGGCUAACUUCUCUGCUUCUCGUACGGCCUGUGACCCGUGGAAGGAGAGCGGCGACGUCUCGGACAGCGGCAGCAGCACCACCAGCGGUCACUGGAGCGGGAGCAGUGGCGUCUCCACCCCCUCGCCCCCCCACCCCCAGGCCAGCCCCAAGUAUUUGGGGGAUGCCUUUGGUUCUCCCCAAACUGAUCAUGGCUUUGAGACAGAUCCUGACCCUUUCCUGUUGGACGAACCAGCUCCACGAAAAAGAAAGAACUCUGUGAAGGUGAUGUACAAGUGCCUGUGGCCAAACUGUGGCAAAGUGCUGCGCUCCAUUGUGGGCAUCAAAAGACACGUCAAAGCCCUCCACCUCGGGGACACGGUGGACUCUGACCAGUUCAAGCGGGAGGAGGAUUUCUACUACACAGAGGUGCAGAUGAAGGAGGAAUCCGCUGCUGCUGCUGCUGCUGCGGGGCCCCCUGUCCCUGGGACUCCCACCGCUGAGCCAGCUCCUGCUUCCAGCGUGACUGGCCUGCCCCUGUCCGCUCUUCCACCACCUCUGCACAAAGCCCAGUCCUCCGGCCCAGAACACCUUGGCUCGGAGUCCUCCCUGCCCUCAGGGGCUCUCAGCAAGUCAGCUCCUGGGUCCUUCUGGCACAUUCAGGCUGACCAUGCAUACCAGGCUCUGCCGUCCUUCCAGAUCCCCGUCUCGCCCCACAUCUACACCAGUGUCAGCUGGGCUGCUGCCCCUUCUGCUGCCUGCUCCCUCUCUCCGGUCCGGAGCCGGUCGCUAAGCUUCAGCGAGCCCCAGCCGCCAGCACCUGCAGUGAAAUCUCACCUGAUCGUCACUUCUCCACCCCGGGCCCAGAGCGGAGCCAGGAAAGCCCGAGGGGAGGCCAAGAAGUGCCGCAAGGUGUACGGCAUCGAGCACCGGGACCAGUGGUGCACGGCCUGCCGGUGGAAGAAGGCCUGCCAGCGCUUCCUGGACUGAGCUGGCCCGCGGCCUCUGCUCUGCUCCUGCGCUGCCGGCAGCCGCUGACAAGAAGCGGAGGGUCACCAGCUCUCGGCAGAUGCCGAAAGAGAAAGAACGGCAGCGCGGAGUUUGGGCUCUGUUGGCGAAGGUGUAACACUUAAAGCAAUUUUCUCCCAUUACAGGAACAGUUUAUUUUUUAAAAAAAGAAACAAAAAUAUUUUUUUCCCCUCUAAAGUAGGAGAGAGCCAAAACUGACCAAGGCUAUUCAGCAGUGAAGCAGUGACCAAAGAAUUAACUGCCCUCGUUUCCCACAGCCCCCGCUCUGGGGAUUAGCUCGUGCGUAGCAAGAGAAGGAACAGUUCGUUCUGCUUCCUGCUGAGUCCAUGAAUUCUUUGCUUUCUCAACUCUUCCAGAAAGGACUGUGAGCAAGAUGCAUUUACUUUUCUUAAAAAAAAACAAAAAAACGAGUUUCUGGCUGAUGGGUGACUCAGAGUGGGGGACUGCCUGGCCAGGGAGGCGGAAGAGGGGUUUGCUCUUCUCGGAGGGCGUCUCCUGCCCCCUGGCUGAGCACCCUGCACGGAAGUCAAAGGAAAGCCCCUUCUUGGUGACAGCGACUUAAAUCUGGGUUCCUUCAGACAUUGGGUUGCUCCCCAACAAUUAUUAAAUGGCUUCUUCUCAAAGCCCAGAGUAAGAGAUUUUUUAAAAGACUGUCGCCAAAUAGCUGAGCCAAAAGGCUGAUCAGAAUUCACUUUUUGGAACGUGGCAGUUAAACACUACCUUGAGAUUCUCUCCUCUUUCGUCGAGGAAGUCCGUGAGGGUUUGAGCGUCUGGAAACUCUGCUCUUACCUGGGGAAGCGCCCUCCUGCCGCCUCCCUCCGGUUGUGGAAGGGACACCUCAGAAAUGCUGUGUUUUCUUUUAUGAUGUAUUCAGAAGCCUUUGCUGGUUAAUGUUUCCUUUUAUUUGGGUGGCCGGGAGAGACCCAGAGAGGUUCUGGAGGUUCCUUUCGGUCUCCUGGCCCUGCCAGCAAUGUCCCCAUUGCUGUUUGCUGCCUGAAAGCAGGAUGAAGGCGGUCAAGGGGAGCCUUGCACCUGUGAGCUUCAGGAUGAGGAAAUGACGGGAGGGAGACGUGGGUUUGGAUCAGCGGCUGCUGGCAUUUCUGCCCGUGGUGUUUCUGGAGCCUGCAGGGAUUUAUGGGGGACUGGGCUGUGUGCCGGUCGAUGAGUGGAGCUGUGCUUGUGGAGAAGGUGGGAGGUCCAGGGAGCUUAGCGCCACACCGACCAGCCGUGCGUGGAGACAGAGGGAGCCAUACCUGGACCGCGGGGCAUGUUUCUGUUUUGGUGUCUCGCUUUCCUCCCAGCGUGACUUAUUUGGGGAUUCCUCAGGGCUUGCUGGAAUGUGACAGCCUGCUGCCCAGCUGCCUUGGGAACAAUUUCUGGCUCUAUGUCCCAGCUGUCAGGGACUCAGGGGAUCCUACCCAGCCACCUCUCCUGGGACACAGUGUCAGCAUCCACCCCUAGGUUGUCAUCGAGGCUGUCCUCCCAGUGCUGGGUGAAGAUAUCUGGACCACCAAGGCUCCCUUGGCCCUUCAUGUGGGAAAUAGACAUGUGCUUUUUAAGGUAAGACACUUUGAGUGUUAAGAAAUCUGUAGACCUGGCAAUAGGUGGGGAAGGGUGUAGUGCCCUAGGUUGGUGACAGAAGAGACAGGCACUUAAGCACAGGUGUCUUUGGUGACGGGGUGUAUUUUUAUAACUUAGUAAAAACAUGUAUGUGGAAUUCUGUCUCUUGGUAAAGCUCAAAGCCAGAACAGCCGAGUUGGCACAGGGUUCUCCUCCCUGUCCCUUCAACUUCCUUGAGCAUUAAGAGCUGGCAGUUGGUGAUGGCAUUUCUCGACACCCCUCACUUCCCAGGACCCCUCCCCCCCCAACCCGCUUCCAAUCCUCAUGGUGAGGUGGGGGAGCAUUCUUGACACGUGGGUACUUCAGUCAGGAGGGCCUCCCCCUCCCCUCUCCAUCAGUGUUCACUGCCAUCUCGUCUUUAGAAAGCUGUUUGAAUUCCCCCCAUCCCGUUUGGACCGUGUAGAUAUAACUGGAUAUACAGAUCUUUCUCUUUGUGAGGCCUUUGGUACACAGGGCAGGAGAGGAAGGAGGAGGAAAGGGAGGGAGCCAUCCGGAAGCCACGGUGGUUUUGCUUUGUUCUUGUUCUUUGGUUCUGGUGCUACCUUCUCCGCCCGAGCUCUCGCCCUCCCUCCUCCUCCUCAGCCGGCAGCCUCCUUGCUUCCCCUCUGCCCGCACUGCCAUCCCGUGGCUGUCUUGCUGGUUCUUCACACGUGCUCCUCUGUUCUCGGGGUUGCUCCAUUCAUGUCUUCUUGGAGGGUUGAGUCUGGCUGGGGAACCGACCCAGUGAUCACGCCUGUGCUCUUCAUCUUUAUCUCCCUCCUUGCCAGCCCGCCCGGGCAGUGGACGCUGAUGGAAGGAGGAUGGGCUUUUAGAAACGAACGGGACUGACUUUCAAAGCAGUUACCUUGGGAAACUGUUUAUUCCAGCGGUGUGACUUUCUUCAGAACAUUUCUUGGAAUCACCUUCAGAGUCUGGGGCUGUGUGUUGAGCAGCCGUAAGGAUGCCGGACGCUCUUUUAGUGCCCGGAGAGUCCAGCGAAUGACGUCUGUGGCCAGGUGAGGUCCCAGGUGCAAAGCAAAAGGACCAUUGAAAGUGAGAUAGCUUGGAUCGAAUCAUGUGACUUGUAAACUGGUUCAGAAAGCAAUUUUGUAAUUGCUUUCUGAAAAGCAAUUACAAAAAGAAAAAAAGUCAAAAAGGAAAAAAAAGAAAAAAGUAUUUUAAGCUGCGGCCACCCUGUCAUGAGUCUCUAGCUUGAGUCCUUUGAGAACGAUAUUCAUUCAGUUGUGGAGACUCUGAUGUGUUGGGAGAAAUCUGUCCUGUUGCUUUCUGGUCAUCCCAGGGGUUCUGACUUUACCAGGGGCAAAAAAAAAAAAAAAAAAAAAAAACAGGGAGAUAAAUCCCAUCUGUGAAUUUGUCUUAUUGGCGCCUUUUCCCUCAGCUGUCUUCCAAGUAUUAUUUUUACUGUUAAAAAAUUUUUUUAAAAAAUGUGAAAUGUAAUGGUUUUACAGCAACAAUAUGAAAUAUAUUUUAUAAGGAAUAAAAUGGUACCUUGUCUGAUUUAA